AUGGACAUCACUCUCUAUCCUCAUUCGGCCAGCAAUCCCUCCGCGGAAUCCCUUGUGCAAAUGAUUCCUUCGUCCACCAGUCACACCUCCGCGGCAUUCACCUUCGAGAUCAACCCUGGUGGUAAAGGCACCGACCGCCAGCGCUUCGAAUGGUGGAGCAGCCACGGCACUGAGAUGAAGCAACUGGCCGGUCAUUCCUAUGGUUACAAAUUGGUGUGGCUGUCGGGGCCAACCAUCGGUGCAGGCGGCAGCAGAAAAGAGCGCGAUCUCGGCAUUUCCAGUGAUGGGCUAGAAAUCGUGGCGGUCAUCGCUCAUAAUGACUCCAUGAUCAUGACCAAGGGCUUCCGAUUUAACUACACGGGCACUGGGUUAACUGGGACGCUAGGCGAGGGUUGGGAGGUGAUGACCUUGACCUCGGCGCUGCAGUUGUGGUUACUGGAUGUGUCGGACGUCCCAACUGCAGGAACCGCUCCCACAAGCAAUGAUGCCUCUUUUUAG